CCCCCCCCAGUCUAUGGCCUCUCAGAAUGCUCGGAAGGUUGGAAUCACCACGGCGAUGGCCUGCAGCACCCUUGGCAAUGAGGACCUGAAGAGUCAUGUGUACAAGAAGACUCUACAGGCUCUGAUCUACCCCAUCUCCUGCACCACGCCCCAUAACUUUGAGGUGUGGACGGCCACCACACCCACCUACUGCUAACGAAUGUGAGGGGCUGCUGUGGGGCAUCGCCCGCCAGGGUAUGAGGUGCUCUGAGUGCGGGGUCAAAUGUCACGACAAGUGCCAGGACCUUCUCAAUGCCGACUGCCUGCAGAGGGCAGCGGAGAAGAGUUCUAAGCAUGGAGCGGAGGACCGAACCCAGAACAUCAUCAUGGUUUUAAAGGACAGGAUGAAGAUCCGAGAGAGGAACAAACCAGAAAUCUUCGAGCUCAUCCAGGAAGUGUUUAGUGUCAUCAAGGCGACGCACGGCACUCAGAUGAAGCAGAUCAAACAGAGCAUGCUCGAUGGGACGUCCAAGUGGUCGGCCAUGAUCAGCAUGACUGGUAAAACAAGGACUGGGAUUGAGAUUGAGAUUAUAUUUGGUAGGUGUUGGGAAUUUAGAAUAUGAGGGGGUGUUGGUUACUGACUGACAGUAGGAACAGUGCAUCAGUAGACUUGUCUUUGCCAACCAGAGAAUAAAUGAUAUUUGAGUACUUUCUUUAGCAUAUGCUCUUAUGCAAAGUGUGUUUGGUGUGUAAGGACACUGAAACGACCAAUUAGCUCAUACACUCUGUGUG